CCGAGAGACCAUUCUUUGGGAAUGAUUCAUCCACCGCGCCAACCAUUGGGAUUAGCCCGAUAUCGAUCCCUGGCAUAUCCAGCUUGCCUCGGAGUGACGGGCUCGCAUGUACGCAUACGAUUUGGGGAUAUCGUACUUCUCCAUGUUCAUCUAGCUUUUGACUAAUAUAUGAGUGCAAUCAUAGAACCAGCCACCGGGACUGAUUCUCAUAUGACUCCUGGCAUUUCUCAGAUGCCUACGGAUGAUGGAUCUACAGGACCAGCCGUUUGGGCCGAUACUCUUAUGACUCUUGGCAUUCCGACUGCAUCUGAGGACGGGGGAAUCGCAGGACCGGCCGUUGAGCCUGAUACUACUACAGUUCCCGGGGCUGAAAGCCUGCAUAGAAGUAGUGCCUCUCCGCUCUUACCGAGUGAUAUGAGCAAUCCGCCUGCAGGGGUUGAUAUACCCUCUUCUGCUGCUGCCUCAGAGCCUGUCGGAUCUCAGCCCGAGGGGACGUCCGUUGGCGCUGGUAUGCUCAGAACUUGCCUUUUGACUUUCCUUAUCGUAUUCGAUAAUCCGCUGAGUUUCUAUGAUUGUUGCUUGUAG